AUGGCAAAGCACCUUGACGACUUUGUGGGUGUGUUCUAUUCCGAGCCAAAGGACUUGGCCGUCCCGUCAAAGAGCUUCGUCCUGGCGUCUCUCGUGUCGUCAAGCGGUGUCGUCAUUGAGCAACUCCGCCUCCUUUGUCCCAACGGGAGCCUGCCCGGCAAGUCCACUUACGCAUUGGUACCCAGCGCUUGGCUCGGAACUCUGGACACCAGACGACUUUUCUGGAUUCUGCUCUACUCGCCGUCAUUUUGUGGAACUGAGAGGACAGUGACCAUUCUAGAUCGGCGGCAGCUCGACGCGGAGAUGAAUAAUAUCCAUCACAUGAUAUAA